CCGAAGCAUCACCUGCAAGAAGGGAGAGCAGUGCACUGAUUGUUUUUCGACCGCAGCAACUUUCCAAUCAUGAUGCAUUUCAAAAGUGGACUCGAAUUAACCGAGUUGCAGAACAUGACGGUGCCAGAGGACGACAACAUUAGCAAUGAUUCCAAUGAUUUCACUGAAGUAGAAAAUGGCCAAAUAAAUAGCAAGUUCAUUUCUGAUCGAGAGAGCAGGAGAAGCCUCACCAACAGCCACUUGGAGAAGAAGAAGUGCGAUGAAUAUAUUCCAGGGACCACCUCCUUGGGCAUGUCCGUCUUCAACCUGAGCAAUGCCAUCAUGGGCAGCGGGAUCCUGGGCCUUGCCUUUGCCCUGGCCAACACGGGCAUCCUGCUGUUUCUGGUCCUUCUGACUUCAGUGACGUUGCUGUCCAUCUAUUCCAUAAACCUGCUGCUGAUCUGCUCGAAGGAGACAGGCUGCAUGGUUUAUGAAAAGCUGGGAGAGCAGGUCUUCGGCACCACAGGGAAGCUGGUCAUCUUUGGAGCCACAUCUCUGCAGAACACUGGAGCCAUGCUGAGCUACCUCUUCAUUGUGAAGAACGAGCUCCCCUCUGCCCUCAAGUUCCUGAUGGGAAAGGAAGAGGAGUUCUCAGCCUGGUACGUGGACGGCCGUGUGCUGGUGGUGGUGGUGACGUUCGGCAUCAUCCUGCCGCUGUGCCUCCUCAAGAACUUAGGGUACCUGGGCUACACCAGCGGGUUCUCCUUGAGCUGCAUGGUCUUCUUCCUGAUCGUGGUCAUCUAUAAGAAAUUUCAGAUCUCCUGCAUGGGCCCUGAGCUGAACUCAACCACCAGCACCAACUUAACUGCCACCGAGGCCUGCACUCCCAAAUACGUCACCUUCAACUCCAAGACCGUAUAUGCUCUGCCCACGAUCGCAUUUGCCUUCGUGUGUCACCCGUCCAUUCUGCCGAUUUACAGUGAGCUAAAGGAUCGCUCCCAGAAGAAGAUGCAGAUGGUGUCGAACAUCUCGUUCUUUGCCAUGUUCAUCAUGUACUUCCUGACCGCCAUCUUCGGUUACCUGACGUUCUACGAGAACGUGCAGUCGGACCUGCUGCACAAAUACCAGAGCAAAGACGACGUGCUGGUGCUGACGGUGCGCCUGGCUGUCAUCGUCGCCGUCAUCCUCACUGUGCCAGUGCUGUUCUUCACAGUCCGUUCAUCUUUGUUCGAACUGGCUAAGAAAACAAAGUUCAACUUGUGUCGUCAUGUGCUGGUCACCCUUGUGCUCCUGGUGGUCAUCAACCUGCUGGUGAUCUUCAUUCCCUCCAUGAAGGACAUCUUCGGAGUCGUGGGUGUGACGUCUGCGAACAUGCUCAUCUUCAUUCUUCCUUCUUCUCUCUAUCUGAAAAUCACAAACCAGGAUGAAGAUAAGGGCACCCAGAGGAUCUGGGCCGCCCUCUUCCUGGGGCUGGGUGUACUCUUCUCCCUGGUCAGCAUUCCCUUGGUCAUCUAUGACUGGGCCUGCUCGUCGGGCGGUGACGAAGGCCACUGAGGCUGCCUCCACCAGGAAGUGCUCCCGUCUGCUGCUCAUCGAGUCCCCACCCAUCUGCCCCCCGCCACUUCUUCCGUGAGCUUAUGGAAGCAGAGAGAAACGGACGAGGUGCUGGAGACGGAGUCACUCGAGUUGCAGAACAGGCCUACUUCCAUAGCGGUUCACAUCCCUCCGUAGAGAAGAAUCUUGAAUUGUAUAUUUUGCUUUACAGAAAAAAAAAAUGGUUUCACAAAUAAUUCACCUAUUUUGAUUAGUGUAGUACGCAGGGAUUAUCCCGGAAGCGUCGGGGGCGCUGGCCACUGCUGGCUCUGUGCACGGGCGACACCGCGGCAGCUCUUCAGUGAGGCGAGGGGCAGUGGAGCAUGCCGGGCAGACCAGGCCACAGAGAGGACGCCAGCAGGUGCAGGCGAUUUGCACCUGAGCUUUUGGGAAUGACCUGUGAGCAGGCGGCCACAGCCUACAUGUCCUGUGGAGGGCCUUUCCCCAAGCCACGAGGUCAGGCAGGUCUGCUGCUCACCAGCUGUUGGCACAGAUCAGUGGGCUCAGGGAAGGUGGAGGGCCAGCGACCCCUGCUUUAAACUGGGGACUCCAGGAAAACCAUCAAAGACUCAUUUUCUAUGAACACCCGGGUGUUGAUAAAUACAAGCUUUUUGUACCUUAA